UGCCUGUCUUGUAACCGAGAUGUCCGUGCGUUCUCAACCGGCGCUGGCGCAGGGCCCCGGCCGCUUCACAGCGCACGCAGGUCGCCCGGGCGCGGCUCUGCGUGCGGCGGCCCUCAGUCGGUCCCGGCUGCACACCUGUGUCCCUAGAUCCCACAGUAGCCCUCCCCGCUGCACACCUGUGCCGCCAGCAGCCGUCUCCGCUACCAGACUCCACCCUGUCUUUGGGGAGCACUGGCCGCUCCCAUUUCAGGACCGAGAGCUUGGGGGUGCUCGGCAGUCGUGCAGUCCUAAAGCACCAUCUCUGGAGGGAGCCAGGUCCAAUCCUUCCAAAAGGCACCGGGACCGGCUGAAUCAGGAGCUGAACAAACUCACCAGCUUGCUGCCCUUCCCCGAGGACGUGUGCACCCGGCUGGACAAGCUGUCCAUCCUCAGGCUGACCGUGGGCUACCUGAAGGUGAAGGGCUACCUCGCAGACACCCUAAAGGACAGCAAUGCAGACUGCUCAGCUGACCCACCCAUAAACCCAGGAAGAAGUGCAAAUAACUUUCCACAGAUCAAUGUAGAUCUAUUGUCUGAAGGUGACUUGCUUCUUCAGGCCCUCAAUGGCUUCCUCAUGGCAGUGACUGAAGACGGCUGUGUCUUCUACGUCUCCCCCACAGUCCAGGAUUACCUGGGGUUUCACCAAUCAGACAUCAUCUAUCAGAGUGUGUAUGAGCUGAUCCACAAGGAAGACAGAGCUGUGUUCCAGAGCCAGUUCCGCUGGCAUCCAGACCCAGCACCUGUCAGCAGAGCAGCGGAGCAGGACACCAGCUCUUUGCCUGGACAGAGGUUUCUCCCACUUGCCGGCACCCCCACUGACAACAUGCAACAUCCUCCCCUGGAGAACUCCUCCUGUCUGGAGAGAAGCUUUGUCUGCCGAUUCCGUUGCCUUCUGGACAAUUCUUCCGGGUUUCUGGAAUUGAAUUUUCAGGGCCAUCUUAAAUUCCUCCCUGGGCAGAACAAGUCAGAGAAUGACGUCCUCUCGUCUCCUCAGCUCACCCUGUUUGCUGUUGCAACACCUCAUCAGCCUCUCACCAUCCUGGAGCUCCAAAAUAAACCAUUUCUUUUCCAAACAAAACACAAAUUGGAUUUCACACCUAUAGCCUGUGAUUCCAGAGGAAAGGUGAUCCUGGGCUACACGGAGAGCGAGCUCUGCAGGAAGGGGUCGGGCUACCAGUUCAUCCACGCUGCGGACAUGAUGUACUGCGCGGAGAACCACGUGCGGAUGAUGAGAACCGGCGAGAGCGGCCUCACGGUGUUCAGGCUGCUCACCAAGCGCGCCGGCUGGCUGUGGGUGCAGUCCAACGCGCGCCUCGUGUUCCGCGGCGGCCAGCCAGACUGCAUCGUGGCCCGGCAGCGGGCGCUGACGAACUCAGAGGGAGAGGAGCACCUGCACACGCGGACCCUGCGAUUGCCAUUCACCUUCAUCACAGAUGCUGAAUUCUCCAACAGCCUCUGCCUCACACUAGGACAACCUUCUGGGCCCAGCAGCCUGUACUUGUGUGCUUUUGGCAAAGGAGGUUUCACUCGAUGAGAAUUGCUGAACACCCCUGCUGCUCCCCGCUAAGCUCCAUGACUCAAAUUUUGUUGCUCCAUUCAAGGGAAUUCUGGUGAUGAAAAUGGAAUCUGAAAGAGGUCCAAUAACCUUGUCCGUUUUUAUGGCUCUGUUGUGUGUAUUCUGUG